GAAGGCUAUCAGAAGCUUAUUUUUAUUCAAAUAAUGUUUUCUAAUGGUUCUCUUAAUCUGAACACGUCUGAAAAUGAUAAUCUUUCAAACUUAGAUAAGUCUGAAUCAAAUACCAAGCUUUCAGAAAAUGCUGAGGAUCUUGAAGGAUCUACAACAAAUCUAAUAGACCUAAAUGCGUCUACAGUAGUAGAUCCCGUCAUGUCAAUUACUGAUGAAUGUGAAACUCUUAACCUUGAAACUUCCUCUCCUAUAAAAUCAAAACGAAUGCCAUACCGUCGUCCUAUUUCUACUGCUAAUGCUCAACCACCAAAGAAGGGCAUAUUGAAACCUAUCUCACAAUCUAAUGCUCGAUCGAUUUGGAAAAGUGACUGGUUCUCUACCUUUAAUGCGCGUCUUCAAAACGUCACAAACUCCACUGCUAUGUCUACGAAUUCAACCUCUACUGCUUCUUUUUUCACAAAUGCAUUGAAAAAGCUGAACGCGUCGACAUCUUUACCUUUUCAGGAGGAUCCACCGAAAGAAACAAAUCCUCAAUUGCCUCUAAUAACCAUUACAUCAACUUCUGAUCAGGUUUCUCAAUCCAAUGUUCAAUGCUCUCCUGCCUUGUCAAAUAGCAACCACCUUACCGCCAAGUCCCUUAAACGA